ACUUCAUUGGUAAUGUCGAUAACACGAUGAUGUAGCGCUGCUAUCUCUCAUGUCUGUUUUAUUUGUUUGUUUAUCAACAGUCACACGAAUCACACGAUGUAUUACGCGCUGCUGCGCUUUUAAAAUCAGCCGAACGCACAACACUACACAGUACGGUACCACUGCAGGGUGUACUAGUUAUAAUCCACAAUGAUAAAAAAUCUUGUAGGUCUCGUGACAGGUGGUGCAUCUGGGCUGGGAAAAGCAACAGCAGCCCGCCUCGUGCAGCAAGGUGCCCGUGUUAUUAUUUGUGAUCUGCCAACAUCACAGGGUGCAGCAGUUGCAAAAGAAUUUGGUGAAAAUGCCAUAUUUGCGCCUGUAGACGUCACAUCUGAAAACGAUGUUCAAAAUGCUCUCAAUGUUGUGAAGGAUAAGUUUGGGCGUCUGGAUGUUUUGGUCAACUGUGCCGGCAUUCUCGUCGCUGUUAGGACGUAUAAUUUCAAUAAAAAACUGGCACAUAAGCUGGAAGACUUUACAAAAGUAGUAGCAGUAAAUACUAUUGGAACAUUCAAUGUAAUUCGUUUGGCGGUAGGUUUGAUAGGAGAAAACCAACCUAAUGAAGAUGGCCAGAGAGGAGUUGUUAUAAAUACGGCCACUGUUUCCGCCUAUGAUGGCCAAAUAGGUCAAGCAGCUUAUUCUGCAAGCAAGGGAGCUGUUGUCGGAAUGACUCUACCAAUAGCAAGAGAUCUAGCGAUACAGGGCAUUCGUGUUUGUACAAUUGCCCCAGGUCUUUUUGAUACUCCACUGAUGUCAGCACUGCCUGAAAAGGUUAGAGCUAAUUUAAUAAAGAUGGUACCAUUUCCGAAAAGACUGGGUAAGCCAGAAGAAUUUGCAAUGAUGGUGCAGUCUAUAAUAGAAAAUCCGAUGUUGAAUGGAGUGGUGAUCCGUCUUGAUGGUGCCAUUCGAAUGCAGCCCUAAGAUGACACACUGGUAUAUGACAAACAACAUGUAGCAGACUGGGAAUAUGUUGUGUGUGAUUUAUCUUUUAUAAAUAUACUGAUUAUUUUUACAUGUUAAAAUGCAAAAAUAAAG